CAGUACCGGGUGUGCGGCAACUGCCGGAAGGUGCCCAGAAAGGAGAAGAGAGUGCAAGUCUCUCCACCGUUAACAAGAGGACCAAGUGCCUUUAUCCCAGAGAACGAAGUUAUGCAAGCCAACGGUCUGGACGAACGUACGAAUCUUCUUGUGGAGGAAUACUCGACAUCUGGUCGCCUGGACAACAUCACCCAGGUCAUGAGUAUCCACACUCAGUACCUGGAGUCCUUCCUCCGCAGCCAGUUCUAUAUGUUGCGCAUGGACGGGCCCCUUCCAUUGCCCUAUAGGCACUACAUUGCUAUCAUGGCUGCUGCCAGGCAUCAGUGUUCCUACCUAAUAAAUAUGCAUGUUGAUGAGUUUUUGAAGACGGGAGGAAUUGCCGAAUGGCUGAACGGUUUAGAGUACAUUCCACAACGACUGAAAAAUCUCAAUGAGAUCAACAAGCUCCUUGCACACCGACCCUGGCUAGUCACAAAAGAGCACAUUCAGAAACUUGUCAAGACUGGGGAAAAUAAUUGGUCCCUCCCUGAACUCGUGCACGCUGUUGUCCUGUUGGCACAUUAUCACGCCCUGGCAAGUUUUGUGUUUGGUAGUGGCAUUAAUCCAGAGAGAGAUCCAGAUACAUCGAAUGGAGUCAGACUUAUAGCAGUCAACAACUUCUGUGUCUGUGAUCUUGCCAAUGACAACAACAUAGAAAAUGCAUCCCUCACAAGUAGCAACUUUGGGAUUGCGGACUCUUUAAGUGAGCUGGAGGCCUUAAUGGAGAGGAUGAAGAGGCUACAAGAAGAUAAAGAGGAUGAAGAAGCCUCUCAGGAAGAGAUGGCAACUCGCUUCGAAAACGAGAAGAAGGAGAGUCUGCUAGUAAUUAGUGGAGCAUUUGAUGAUGAAAUAGUUUCUACAGAUGUGUCCCGCUACAUCGAAGAUCCUGGGUUUGGGUACAAAGACUUUGCAAGGCGAGGAGAGGAGCAUCUGCCAACCUUCAGAGCUCAGGACUAUACUUGGGAAAAUCAUGGCUUUUCCCUUGUAAACAGGCUUUAUUCUGACAUUGGGCAUCUCCUGGAUGAGAAGUUUCGGAUGGUCUAUAACCUCACGUAUAACACUAUGGCAACACAUGAAGAUGUUGAUACAACUAUGCUAAGAAGAGCUUUAUUUAACUAUGUCCACUGUAUGUACGGAAUCAGGUAUGAUGACUAUGACUAUGGAGAAGUUAAUCAGUUACUUGAACGCAGCCUGAAGGUUUACAUAAAGACAGUGACCUGCUACCCCGAGAGAACCACCAAGCGCAUGUACGACAGUUACUGGCGUCAGUUCAAGCACUCGGAGAAGGUUCACGUAAAUCUCCUUCUGAUGGAAGCUCGGAUGCAAGCGGAACUUCUGUACGCCCUUCGUGCCAUAACUCGCCACCUGACCUGAGGCAGCCCCGGGAGGGAGUAGAGGAAUUUUUCCUGAGUAUGUAAAGACCUUUUGAAAUAGAUACACGCCAGAAGUUGUUUGUGAUGUAGCAUCAGGUUAUUCAAUUCUCUAGUGUCAAAGUUUAGCCGUGCUUCCCGACGGCUGUAAUGUGCAAUGACGUGUUUUAUUUUCUUGAUGCUUAACAUUACUAAUGAUAACAAAACAUGACACUGCGGAGCACUACUCCACAUUGGUUCCGGUUGGAUUUCUGCACAAUGGUCAGAAUCCUAAAACUAUUUUUGUUAUACUCAAUUCUAGCGCUUUGUCCUUUAAGCACUGGAAUAAAGUGCUUAGAGACUUAUUUUCCAAGCAAUCAUUUUUUCAGAUUAACGGAAUCCAGCAGAAGAUCUGUUCUUGAAUGUUCUGAAAACUUUCCACUGAGUCAUAACUCUGAUAGAGAUGCAUGUGCUGUGUUAAAUGGAACUGCCCACUGGAUUCAUCUGUGUCUCCUGGAGGCUGCUUGCCAGUCACUGUCUUACUACAGCAAUUGAAGGUGAUGUGAAAUGUGGAUGCAAGCGUUGACCACACUUUAAUGUGAAAUGAAUCAUGAUAAAUUCUACGGCAUGCUACUGAAGUACAAAACUCGUCUGCUCUAUCUGGUCUCUUCCCAAGGGAAGAGGCUUCACCAUUUACCAUUUCAGCUAAACCUACUGUGUUUUCAAUCAUGCAGAAUCUUGUUUUACUGACAGUCACCCUCAGUUGUCCUUCCAACAUCCAUGCUCAUCACAUGUUGCAGUUUGUUUAGUUGGCACCUGUAAAGAUARUACUCAGACUGACCAAAAAUAGGGUUGUGGGGUUUUUUGCACUCUCUUCUUUCUCAAUGUUAUAACUAAGGAAAGCAAAGGAAGGCUAGCAUAUCUGUUCUUUCAUAUUGGGUGUAUAGAAAUCUAUUUCCCAUAACUUUUUCAUAGCAUGAAAUUGUAAUAUUCAAAGUUUAAAAAGUUUCUAUGCAUUAGUGUGAGUGAACAAAUGAAAAGUGCAAUAUUUAAAAGGAAGCAAGCUUUUUUUCCCUGUCAUGUCACUGCUAAAGUGUCCUUCUGAGAUAGCCAUAAAGAAAUUUUGAAACCAAGUUUCUUUAUUGUCUAAGGCCUAGCAGUUUGGGUUUUAUCUUUUGUGGCUUAAGACAACCUGAUACUGAGAUGCCAAAGCACCCCCAAAAUAAAUCAUUCUUGAACAACAGAUAAUAUUGGGGAAGGGAGGAAAUAAGCUGCCAAAAAUGUCACAGUUUUGUGCUGUUUUCUGUUGCUUCUGAUAAAUUCACAAGAGCACAAAAUGUUGAUAUUUAUAGCUUUAUUUUGUAUUGCAUUUAAUGAACCAGUGAAGUGCCUAAAGAGAUGCUUAAACUUACCCAAUAGAAUGCAAGUUGUCACUGCUUAAACUUUUGUCUGUUGCUUUGGGCUUUUCAUUUUGCUUCGAGGAGGGUGACGGUUCUUUCUGUCACAAACAUUCAAAACUAGCACGAUAGAUUUAAUGUUUUGUUGAAUUGUAGAAGAUGAAGCAGGUUGUUUUGGGUUUUUCCAUUGACAAUUGCAGAAUAGCUUUUUUUAAGAAACGAUAUUAUCAGCCAUAUUUUAACAGUCUUCAUUGACAAAAUCAUGGACCAGUAUGCUACUAAAAUUGUUUUUCUCUCUUCUUUACUUUUCCUGAUACCUUGCUGUGACUUCGCAUGUGGGCUUUUUCACUUUGUCUGUUGCAGAUUGGGAAACUAAAUGAUUGUAGACUUUCUCUGCACUUUCAGACUGCAGACUCUGUGCAUGAGAAGCUUUUGAGGAAAAAGUGGUAACUUUUUGCCAAGUUUAACAUUAGCCAUUUAGAAAACUACCCAGCAGGCAGCAUCAGAACCUCUUCUAGAGAGAGCUUUGCAUAAAACAUUAGAUUCCUGCGUCUUCGCAGGUAGCUGUAUAAGAUUUCUCCAAAGUGUUGAGAUGCUGGUAUGUAUGAGCUUAGAUGAGCUCUCCAGGUUCUCACAGUCCUUCGUUCCCUCCCUAUGGUGACUGUAGUGGCCACAUCUAAUCAUUUCUGUGCAUAAAGUGGUUCUGCUGCAAGAACUUCSAAUGCGGUAGUUUUAUUUACGUGAGGGGGACUGUACAGUGCUACUUUAAAUCCCUUUAUUCUGCAAAGUCACAUAGUUCUCAAGAAGCACAGUCAGUCUUUGGAAAGGAGGUGAAACUACAUUUCACCUUUUUAGGUGACAUUAGUCACAUUUAGGUGACUAAUAUGACCACUUAGUUUCCCUUCAGAAAUGCAAAGACUCGUAGAGUAGGUUGACGUUUAUGUUUGGAAACAUGAGUGCCUUUACUUCUUUCCUUAYGAAAUAAACUCGCCAGCUCAAAUGCCUUCUGAGCAAAGUACAUGAGUAGAUCUGAAAUAUGGAAACCAUAAAUGGAUUGCUUCAUAAACC